CUACAGCAAUGGGACACGCAGGGGUGAGCCCUCCAUCCACGAAAUUAAAAAGGGAAAAUCCACGAAAGGGAAAAACUUAAAUAAGAAAAAAGAGGUGGAGGGCGAUGGAAGGCAUCGACAUCACCACAUCGUCGUCGUGGUCGAGGGAAGAAGCGAGCCAGACGACGUCGUCGCAGCGAAAGGCGCGGUUGAUGACGUUGCAGCUGUGGACCCCACUCAACAUGGCGCGAUGUCCCGGCGCCGCCAACCUCUGCUGCCUCUUCUUCCAAGACGAGCCAUCGCCGCCGGAGACCCUCGGCAUCCUCGCCUUCGACGCCGCCAAGACCAUGUGCCGCCUCCUCUCCCUCUACAACUCCCUCUCCGACGCCGAGAUCCUCCGCCUCCGCCGCCACGUCCUCCGCUCCCGCUCCCUCUCCCGCCUCAACUCCUCCGACGAGUGCUUCCUCCUCUCCCUCGCCUGCGCCGAGCGCCUCGAGGAUCUCCACCUCGCCGCCGCCGCCGUCGCCCGCCUCUCCCGCCGAUGCUCCGCCGAGACCCUCCCCCGCCUCGACGCCGCCAAGCUCCAGUUCGGCACGCGCGAGGUCGAGCGCAAGAUCGACGCCAUGGAGAAGCUCGUCUUCGCCACCCGCAGCCUCCACCGCGCCAUGGAGUCCCUCAGCGAAAUGGAAGCCUCCGAGAGGAAGCUUCAGCGCUGGAGAAACGUUAGGGCCACCCACGGCCUCAAGGUCAAAGUCGAAUGCUUCAGCGAUAAGAUCAUCUUCUACCGCAGACAGAUUAUUUACUUCAAACAGGUUUCUCUUUGGGGCCAGACGUUCGACAAGGUUGUCGGACUCAUGGCACGCAUCACUUGCAUUGUUUACAAAAGAAUUUGCUCCGUUUUCGGCUCCAUCGUCACCGGGAAUGUCCCUCAGAUCAAGAACAACCACAAGAACACCAAAAAAGCCCUCGCUAGGGCACCCAAUUUCGAGAAUUGUGUUUGCCGCGUCGAGCAUCGCGAGUUGUACCGUACCAACCUUUGUUUGUUCGACCAAAACGAGGAAAGUGUCAAAAAGCGCGGCAAAAAUGUUUCUCACGUAAAGAAGAGCAUCACCGGAACCGGGGUUUUCCAGUUGCGCAACGACGCCGAGGAGGAGAGGAAUAACCGGGUUUACCGGCUCGCGCCGGUGACUACAGUGGGCGGGGCGGGGCUCUCUCUACGCUACGCGAACGUGAUUAUGUUGACGGAGCGUUGCAUGCACGUGACGGAAGCUGCGGUCGCGGAGGAGGCACGUGUUACGUUGUACGAGAUGUUGCCGGAGAGGCUGAAGGUGAAACUGAGGGCGAAGUUGAAGAGGGAGAGGUUGGAGUGGAGAAAGUUGGAGGGUGGGGAAGAGGCAAAAACUGCGGCGGCGACGCGGUGGCGUGUCGCCGCCGAGGGGGUGAUGGAGUGGCUGAUGCCGGUGGCGCAUAACAUGGUGAGGUGGCAGACGGAGAGGAACUUGGAGAAGCAGAAGUUUGAGACGAGGCCAACGGUGUUGUUGAUGCAGACGUUGCAUUACUCGGAUUUGGAGAAGGUGGAGGAGGGCAUUGUGGAGGCGUUGGUGGGGUUGAGUUGCAUGUUUUGGAACCGGAAAGAAUCGUAGGGUUGGUUUUGGUGAUGAGAGAUGAUGAUGAUGAUGGUGAUCAUGAUGAUGACGAUGGUUUUGGUGUAUUUAACUUGAUCUUAAAAUUUAUUUGAUUCUUUUUUAAUUUCUAGUUCUUGUAAACUAAAUGGUGAGCAUGCAUGUAUCACGUAAAAUAUAUGUCUGUAGAAUUAUGUGUAAAGAUCAUGAGGUUGUGUCUGUAGAGAGAAUGAAAUUAAUUAAGCACGUAUUGUGUAUCACUUAAUUGGUAUGGAUAAGGAAUUAUCAAAUUCUAGAUAAGGGUUAAUUAAGGAGAAAUUAUUAGGUAAGUUAAAGAUUAUGAUGGUC